CCUGAAGCAGCACAACGCAGAGAGAGAGAGAGAGAGCUAAGCAGCUUGACUCACAAGGGCACUGCGCUGUUUGGGUCAGAUGUGCGAGCUACUGUGAGGAACAGCAUGCAGCUGUGUUGAAAGGAAUAAGCAGGGAACCGAGUAUUGGUCUGACUAGAAGUUGCAGGAUUCGUCAAUGAAGAAGCGGAGAUCAUUUUAUCGAACUUAGCCAGUUUGGAGGACAUCUCAACCCGGCUGGUCACUCCAGAGUGGCGACAUGAGGAGGGACCGGCUGCUGGUGACCGUCACUUUGGUCACUCUCUUGGUGGCUGACAUCCAUUUCAUCCUGCUUCCCAGACUCAAAACCUGGUAUCAUCUGCCCAGAGAAAGCUGUGCAUGCAGGGUCACCAAUGGCAGCCUGGAGAACGGAGGUACAACGACCGUCCCGUGGACGACCAGCCAGAAUUUCACGGUGGUUUCCACCGAGCGAGGCUCCAAGCUGGAGCGGCUGUUCAGACAUCCGCUCUACAACAUCCGUCUUCCAGAACUGGGGCCCGACGAGCGGCUACUGCAAGAAGAGGAGCUCAUGAAUUACUGCAAGAAGAAAGUGAGCCGCUGGGAGAGAAUGAAAAAGUUCUACAUGGAGGCGGCAGCAGCUUCAAACAUCACUAUUCUCGAUCAUCCCGUGACCUUUGACCCGGAGGCCAGCUGGCUGCGGUUCCAUCUAGGGAUCAAUCGAUAUGCGCUGUAUUCGAGAGACGACAGCAGCGUCGACAGACUCCUGCGAGACAUGCAGACAGCCACCGUCAUCAGCGCAGAUUUCACCCAGGAUGAGAAAGCGCUGAAGGGUGCAUGUGACUGCUCACAAGUGGUUAAACCAAGCGGUCUUCACUUGAAGUUGGCCCUAAAGCUCCAAGAUUUUGGCAAAGCUAUGUUUAAACCAAUGAGACAGGAGAGACACGAAGAGACGCCGGAGAACUUCUUCUAUUUUGUCGACUUUCAGAGACACAAUGCUGAGAUAGCAGCUUUCCAUCUCGACAGAGUGCUGGACUUCCGGAGAGUUCCACCGGUGGUGGGACGAUUCAUUAACGUGACGGGUGAAAUUUUGUACAUAACACACAAUGAGGAGCUGCGCAGUGUCUUCUUCAACUCUCCAGCCAACAACACGUGUUUCUUUGCCAAGUGUUUAUACGUGUGCAAGUCGGAGUACGCCGUGUGUGGUCAUCCUGAUCUGCUGGAGGGCUCUAUGUCUGCUUAUCUACCGGGGUUGAGCAUCGCCCCACGUAUCUCCAUCCCAAACCCCUGGAUCCGCGCCUACAGUUUCACCGGGAGAGAGGAGUGGGAGGUCAAUCCGUUAUACUGUGAUAAUGUCAAAAAACUUUAUCCCUACAACUCUGGGAACAGACUGCUCAACAUUAUUGACAUGGCUAUAUUUGACUUUCUUACAGGAAACAUGGAUAGACAUCACUAUGAAAUUUUCACCAAGUUUGGAGAUGAUGGCUUCCUGCUUCACUUAGACAAUGCCAGAGGAUUCGGCCGGCAUUCAGACGAUGAGAUGUCCAUUCUUGCUCCAUUGACCCAAUGUUGCAUGAUCAAGCGUUCCACGCUGUUUAGACUGAAGCUUUUGGCGAAGUCCGAGUACCGCCUGAGCGACGUCAUGAGGGAAUCCCUCUCCAGAGACCCUCUCUCUCCAGUCCUGACUGAGGACCACCUGCAGGCCUUGGACCGCCGGCUCGGCCAUGUGCUCAGGACAGUAGGAAAGUGUGUGAAGAAGCUGGGAGAACCACAAGUGGUGAUCACAGAUUUUGUAGAGUCAUCCAGAGUAACUACAAGCCACCCAAGAGGAAACAACAGGUGACAGAACGACAAGAGUGAGGGCUUGAGGAGAUAUCAGCUAUCCACUGAAGUGACGUUAUGAUAACUUUCAGACUAAGCCGCUGAACUAAAUCACCCGUCCUGUCCAAAAUCAUGGCAUCUAAGGACAUCAGGAGGAAAAAUUAUUCAUAUUUCUGAUUGGUUAAAAAGGGCUGUAUAAUAUUCUUAACUGUCAAAAUUAUGAGAUAAAAAGUCACAAUUAUGAAUUUAACAAAGUUUCACAAACUAAAAUGAAGAGAGAAGGUCACAUAGAUAAAAAAAAAAAUGAAAUUAUGACAAUUAUGAGAGAAUCAAAACUAUGAGAUCGUUAAGUAAUUAUUGAGAUGAUGAGCUCUGAAAUUGACAAGAAAUUUAAAUUAUGAGAUAAAAGUUGAAAUGUUCGUGAAACUUCUAAAUAUGAGAUAA